AUGGCAGGAAGUGGCUGCAGCCCAAUGCCUCUGGCAGCUACUGAUAUAUCGGCAAUGGAUGAUUCCAGCUUCAAAGUAGGGCGCCUGUCAGUGGAGGCGAGGAAGGAGAAGAUCGACAGAUACAUGAAGAAGAGAGCUGAGAGAAACUUCAGCAAAAAGAUCAAGUAUGCUUGUAGAAAAACUCUAGCAGACAGCAGACCAAGAGUCCGUGGGCGGUUUGCAAAGAAUGAUGAACUUGGAGAGACAGCAAAGUCUGGUUCCAGUAACAAUGAUUUUGAUGAUGAGGGAGAAGUGGCGGUGAAGGAAGAAGACAUACUUGACUCGGACAUCCUUACGCACAUUAGUGGUGUGAACUCUUUUUCGUACAACUUUACUCUAGAAUCUUGGAUAUGA